GAUGAGCAUCUUUUACUCUACCAUGGAUGUAUCUGACGUUAUAAGUAUAAGCAAACCCAGUAUUGCUAGGACCAACGUCAUCGAUUCGGACGUGGAAAUGUCGGACACGGAAACCAACGGUGCCGAGCAGACUUCGAUUGUCACCCCAGGAGAACUUGUCACUGACGAUCCGGUUUGGAUGAAGGGCCAUGGAACGUACUUUUUAAACGAUAACAUAUACUCAUCGGUUGCAGGAAACGUACUGAGAGUCAACCGGUUGUUGAGUGUGAUACCGUUACGGGGAAAGUAUCAACCGGAGACGGGGGACCAUGUGGUUGGAAGAAUCACGGAGGUUGGAAACAAACGAUGGAAAGUGGACAUAGGUGCAAAACAAGAUGCGAUCUUGAUGCUAGGAUCAGUGAAUUUGCCGGGCGGAGUGUUGAGAAGAAAGUCUGAGAGUGAUGAGCUCCAGAUGCGAAACUUCUUGAAAGAGGGUGAUUUGUUGAAUGCUGAAGUGCAAAGUGUUUUCAGUAAUGGCAGUGCAUCGCUUCACACCCGGUCCUUGAAGUAUGGGAAACUCAGAAACGGGAUAUUUUUGACAGUACCGUCCAGAUUGGUGGUCAAAUCAAAGAACCACACGCACAAGCUCUCGGGCGACGUAAGCGUGAUCUUGGGGAUCAACGGGUUCAUUUGGUUGAGUAAGACCAGCACCUCCAAUUUCACCAACAAUGAAAGCAACAUCGCCGGCAACCGGGUCCAGUCGGCCAUCGAUGGCCAGGGAUCGUAUAAUCCGGGUGUAGGGUCAGUACUGAUCACUCGGUUGGAGGAAGAAAGUUCUUGGGAGAUCUACAGCGACAAAAAUGAGUUCAUUCCCACCACCGUCAGAGACACCAUCACUCGGUACUACAACGUGAUUCGGGCCUUAAGCUACGGUGAGUUGGGUAUUACUGACCAGAGAAUCACCAUGGGAUAUCAGGCCAGUCUUCAAUACGCCAAUGUGGGCAAGUUGGUGGACAAGGACGCAAUGGAGCAAAUCUGCGACGACGUCAUAACGAACGAGAAGAUGAGAGGAAACCUAUAGGGAUAUAAGAAACUUAUAUAUUUAAUAGAUGACUUUCUUUGUGAGAUAUCGGUGGACGUAAACGGUCUGAAAUAUUCCAAACCCCACGAUUGCUACCAAUACUAAUACCGUCAUGAAGGUGUAUCCAGCAAAGAUCUGUUCGUUGAUGUCUCGCAACCUAGAUUCCUGGAGCUGAAUAUUUUUCAAGAUGAUGGCUGAGUUCUUCAAGUUUUCGACCACGUCGUUCAACUCGUUCUCAAUGACGGCAAUUUCAUCGUCAAACUCCACCUGGCUCAUAUCCUUCAUUCGGUGAUCCAGAUUCUCUGUCGAUUGAAACUUGUGGAAAUACUUUGAAUAAAGGUUAUAAUCGGUCCCUUGCAUCUUCGACACAUCCCGCAAGUCGACAGUCAACUCAAUUUCACGGUUCUCCGGGUGGAAAGACCAGGACUUGUCGCUAUACAAGUUGUCAAAACACACGUAGAUGAGAUUCUUGCCCUUGUUAUUGUUCAAGAGCUGCUGAGCCUUGUGCUCGUCACUCUUAAGGAAUGCGAGUCUGUCAAUGAUAUUGGCCCGUGACCGCUUCAGGUUUCCCUCGUCGUAUAUGGGGUCGUUAUUGAGGUUUUUCAUGAUGAUGGUGAUUUCGCCCACCAAGUUGUUUGAAACCCGUAACAAGUUGUUUUCGGAAUCAAAGAUCUUGAGGUUGAGGGUCUGAGAUUGGAUUUGGGGUCCGCUAACGAUCUUGACCAUGAUGAGGUCGUUGUUGUUUGUGUGGUAGGCGAGACAGUUUCUUAGGUUGAUGAGGCUUGACUGCUGGGCAGGGUCUCCUUCCAAGCACGGUUCGAUCACCAUCCCUAUGCUAUGUACAUAGUGGAAUAACGCUAGGAGUAUUAAUAGGAGGAAGCUGGGGGUCAUGAUGUUAAAGCGAGGGUGGGAGGCUCAUAUACCGUAGGAGAAUUGGCGAACAAUAGGUGGGAGAUGAAAGGUUGUACAAAUGAAAUU